AUGAGCCCUCGCACCAGAAGCCAGAAGGCCUCCGCUGAGCUGGAAGCCACGGAUCCAUCACCCGCCGUCAAUGGAACGCUCCAGCCUUCAUCGAAAAAUGGCCCGGAAGCUGCCGCGGAUGGAGAAGUGCAAGAAAACGUCUUCCUAUUCGCGCCGAACUUGAUUGGCUAUGCGCGUGUGGUGUUGACAAUGGCUUCGCUUUACUACAUGCCCCUGCAUCCACGGACAUGUUCCCUCCUUUACAGUGUGUCCUGUUUGUUGGAUGCCCUAGACGGAUAUGCGGCACGAUACUUCAACCAGUCGACUACCUUCGGUGCCGUUCUGGACAUGGUGACGGAUCGGUGCACAACGGCGUGUCUGCUGGUGUUCCUCAGCUCGGCUUGGCCCCGGUGGUCGAUCGUCUUCCAGAGUCUGAUUGCGUUGGAUAUGGCCAGUCACUACAUGCACAUGUAUGCGACGCUCAGCAUGGGAGGCUCCAGCCAGAGCCACAAGAAGGUCGACUCCAGCCGCAGCUGGGUCCUGUACCAGUACUACCACAGUCGGACGGUCCUGUUCAUUUGCUGCGCUCUCAAUGAGCUGUUCUUCAUCGGCCUCUACUUGCUCUCCUUCUCUUCGCCCACGCUCUCUCCUUCCCUGCUUCAACCCAAGGUUGGGGGCCCGGCUGGCGACACGACCAUUCCCCCUCCGGAGGGGUACUCCAGCCCUUGGAGUGCAGGCGCCCUUGAGUUGGCUCGUGCAAACAAGAUUGACAGCUUCUGGCCCUGGGUUAUUACCGGAAUCUCCUUCCCAGUCAUGGCGCUCAAGCAGUUCAUCAACGUCGUGCAGCUGGUCAAGGCCAGCAAGUGGCUGGCUGAAGGUGACAUGGCCAGCCGGAAGGCUCUGCGGGCGGCCAAGAACAAUUAA